AUGAAUUUACUAAGAAUGUGAAAGAGAAAGAGGAAAUAAGCAGACCCAUUUUCAAUUUAUAAAGUGAAAUAUCUGAUCAAUAAACAGUAAAAAUAAUUCCAAGUUAAAAGAUAUACAGGAUUAUAACUGAAGAAAGUGACUAUUUUAUCACGCUGCGUUCAGACGAGCCAGUUCCGAGCUUUAGCUCGGCAUGGCCCACAUUGGAGCUAGAAACAUGGAGAGGAUCCGGUUAUAGUAGCCCAAGUCAAAGUUUCAAACAUAUUAGGAUGUUUGGUUUAGCUCCAAGUGAUCUCAACCAACCAAGAGGUCCAGUUACUAGUAUAAAUUUAAAAUCUGAAGAACCUUUAAAUAUUAGAUGGAUGCAACCUGAUCAAUCAAGUUUAGGAAUUGGUCGCGCCCAUUUCGAAAAACAGCCACCAUCCAACUUAAGGAAAUCCAAUUUUUUUCAUUUUGUCGUUGCGCUUUACGAUCGAACAGGUCAGCCAAUUGAAAUCGAAAGGACUGCUUUCAUAGGAUUCAUAGAAAAAGAUCAGGAAGCUGAUGGCCAAAAAACAAACAAUGGAAUCCAGUACAGACUACAAUUACUUUAUACAAAUGGUGCAAGGCAGGAACAAGACAUAUUUGUGAGAUUAAUUGAUUCUGUAACAAAACAGGCAAUUAUUUAUGAAGGUCAAGAUAAAAAUCCAGAGAUGUGCAGAGUGCUUCUCACACAUGAAGUAAUGUGCAGUCGGUGUUGCGACAAAAAAAGCUGUGGGAACAGAAAUGAAACUCCAUCAGAUCCAGUUAUUAUUGAUAGGUUUUUUCUAAAGUUUUUCCUCAAAUGCAAUCAAAAUUGUCUAAAAAACGCUGGAAAUCCAAGAGACAUGAGAAGAUUCCAGGUUGUGAUUUCAACUCAAGUUGUAGUAGACGGGCCACUUCUUGCAAUUUCUGAUAACAUGUUUGUACACAACAAUUCUAAGCACGGAAGAAGAGCUAAAAGAUUAGAUCCUGAUGGCAGUGGAACAACCACUGGAAUAUAUCCUCCACUUCCAAUGGCAACUCCAUGUAUAAAAGCAGUUUCUCCAAGUGAAGGCUGGACUAAAGGCGGGGAUUCUGUUAUCAUUAUAGGAGAUAACUUUUUUGAUGGGCUUCAGGUUAUAUUUGGAACUAUGCUUGUAUGGAGUGAACUCAUUACAACACAUGCAAUAAGGGUACAUACACCUCCAAGACAUAUACCAGGUGUUGUAGAGGUAACAUUAUCAUACAAAAGCAAACAGUUUUGUAAGGGAUCGCCAGGAAGAUUUGUUUACAUAUCUUUAAAUGAGCCAACAAUUGACUAUGGCUUUCAACGAUUACAAAAACUUAUUCCUCGUCACCCUGGAGACCCAGACAAGUUGCCAAAGGAAAUUAUUCUUAAAAGAGCAGCUGAUAUUGCAGAGGCUCUUUAUUCAAUGCCUCGAUCUCCAUCAGGAGGGACAGGCUUUAACGCUUAUUCUAGUCAGUUGGCUGUUAGUGUUCAAUCUGAUAGUGGAUCACAAUGGGGUGAUGGAGACGAGUACAAUCGCACUCAAAGUAGCAGUGUUAGCCCUCGUGGAUACUGUUCCAGUACUUCAACUCCCCACUCAGGAGUUUCCGGGUCAUACGGAACAUCAACUAUUGCGGCUAAUGGAUAUUGUCCUCCGAUAUCUGGAUUGACAACGCCCAUAUCAAAUGCAAAUACAUUUAAUUCAACGUCAAUUUACUACCGCUGAUGUGUUGUUACUCUCAUUAUUCUGAACAAAUGAAACAUCAGGAAAGUCCAUCGAACCUGAAGCAUCAGUUUUGUAAAGUUCAAAUACUUUUCGUCGUUUAUUCAAUCAAGUUCUGUGUAAAUUAUUAAACUUAUAAAAUAAUUUGUCAAUAACGAAAAUAAAGAAUUUCAAAAGAUAUUUCAUCGAUUAUGUCUUUCACUCUUUUACAAC